CGCGAGUUUGGAAUACCAACGUCUUGCUCAGCGGGCGCAUCAUAACCCAUUUUUGCCGGCCUUUUGGGGAACCGAGAUGAAAUUGCACGACUUGCAUGAACUCCUUUUGGACAUGCGGGAACAGCUGUUUCCAGCAAGAUGCGACAAUGCUACCCAGGUACGGGCUAUUUCACCGCCCUUGUCGUGCGGUACACAUGCUGUAUGGGAGAUAUUUGCAGCUUGGCAAUCUGCGGUGCUCGAUGCAGCAAAGUGAAGUGAAGCAUCACUACCUCACGCGGUAUGGGAAAAGAAAACAAAGGCAUCUGCGACUUUUGCCUGCGACCUUUCUUUGCCAGGAGCGUCUCUUCCAAAUCCGCGAGCUUGUUCCCUGCCUUUCCUUGUCCACACAACAGCAAGAUCACCACAAUGGACACCAAAGAUCAGAAGAGCGCGGGCGUCCCUGCCCCUGAGACGGAAGCCUUGUGCGGGUCGAUUGAAAGACAGACUGCCUCUCCAUCACCAAAUACAAGUGACGCUGCUUCGUCACCUUCAUCGCCCUCUUCUAUCGCACGAAGUGCUUUAGACCUCAUGGAAAGUCAAGCAACUGCUCGGAGCACUGCCCCUCUCCCGCCUGCCAGCUCCAUCACAAAUACCAACGGCCCUGAGGCUCAGGACGGCAACUCAUCAUCUCCUCCAUCGCAUCAACCUCCCCAGACUGUGCCCUCCACUUCCUCAACAUCAAGUGAGCGUUGCGAGCGUUGCAUACUUCAGCGAAAGAAGUGCGACGGCGUAAAACCUGCUUGUGGCAAUUGUGCCAGUAGCAAAACACUCAGAAACAGCUGUGUCUAUCCGCCUGGAAGACCAUCACGCAGACAGCUCGCCGAGAUGAAGAAGAACAACCAAGCAGGCCACAAUGGCGCAAGCGGUCAUCAAGAUCCCAACAGCGGCAACAACAAUGGUGGCACAAAUUCCUCAGCGAGCCCGAACAACACCACGCCUCUUGCACCUCCACAGCCUCCUCAAGUUCACCAGCGACCAGCCGCACGACAGCCAACAGGUUCAGCAUUGGUGACUCCUCAACAGCCGCCCUCACAGAUGCCGACAAUACGCCCUUCAGUCCUACAUGCGCCAGGUCCUCAAUUGCAGAACCAACGAAGCAUUUGCAGCGAGCCGCCACCUCGUUGGCAGCCAAUCGACGGCAGUGCGCAAGCUGGUGGACAAAGCCGCUCCUCCGCACGCCGCCCGAUAACAACAACCCAGGCACCAUCACCAUUCACUGCGUACGGCAGCAUUGGACGAGGGCAAGACGUCUACCUCCGUCCGCGACUGUUCGGAGACAAUGAUGGACCUGCGUCGAGCGCCAUUGCCAGGCAGCAGAGCAACGGACACGCUCCUGCAUUCGAGACGACGGGCGGCCAGAUUCAGACGGGACAGUAUCCAACACGUUUUCCAGAUCUGAACUGGGGCGCGCAUCAUAUCUAUCUUGCUGACGGCAGCCUCAACCCAAGUCCACCUCACGGGGCUUCCACAACUCCAACGGUGCUGGGCAGGACAACACCGCUGGUAGCUGGGUCGUUGGCUAGGACACUCGAGCGACGCCCAGCCCAACCACCACGAGAGGAGGAGAAUGCUGGAAACGAGCGUCAAGAAGAUGAUGGAGCAAGCCACGGUACGGGGCAGGAGGAGGAGGACGACAACGACGACGAAGAGUGGAUUGACAUGAACGCAGUAGCUGAGUAGUGUGCGCAAGGUCCCUUCGUGGUUUUGACUGAGGAAGGUGGGGCAUUGCACAGCACAUGUCGAUACUGAGAGUACAUGGUUGGGAAGCAGCGGUCGACGAGGUGACUCCCAGUCUCGAGAGGUUCUGCAGGGCGUUAGCUUUUUAUGGA